AUGGUUGAAAUGUAAAUGUCCUAUUGGCAAUAUUUGCUAUUAUUUUCGUUAUUUCCUUGAUUUUUUAGAUAAACAAUAAACAGAGUAACAUACUAAGAUCACAUCAGUAAGAUCGUCAUUUACCGUAGGACUAGGACGCUGACAUUGGUAAAUGGUAAUUCCGUUUCGGAAAAAACGAAACUUUUUAAGUUUUAACUGUAUUCAUUAAAUUACGUUGAGUGAUUCGUUCAAAACAUAAUUGAUUAAUAAAUAGACUAUAUCAACCGCCUAGAAGAUUCUGCUUUCAAUUAUAUCUCUAACAAUCGGAAUCGAUAACAAAAUAUUUAGUUCUAUUCCACUUUUGAUCUGACCGUAUUAUUUUAUAAUAUUAUGUCGAGCUUGGUACGGAGAUAAUUAUAUCUACAUUCUACAUCAAACGACGCCCCUAGGAUAUACAGUCAGAGUCAUGGACCGUCCGAUUUUGGUGAAUGAAUUUGAAGAGAUGGGAAUGACCAUACCGGACGACAUAAUUGACGAAUGUGUCAUUGUAUGUCAUGCACACAAAAUAUCAGCAUCAGAUUUAGUUGGAUCUUGGAUAGCAUAUUGUGCAUCAUCUCAAAUUGAUUCAAAUAGUUUAAAUAAAGAAAGGMUAGCUACAUUAGUUAAAUCUUUCAAGGUUGAUGACAAAUUAAAAACCAAUGACAAGAAUUUGAUUUUAAAUAAAUCUAAUAUAAAUGAAUCGGCUUCUACACAAUCAGUUCAUAGUCCAUCAUCAAUGAAAAGUACACUUGGAACCAAUAUUAUACAAAUCGAAAAUGAAUUCAAAGUAUCCGACGUUAUUGACGGAGAUGAUUUAAAAGAAGAAAAUGAGAUUUCUACUGCUGGAGAUGUCACAUGCAAUUUUGGCCUAGGAAAUGUUAACAAAAAUGAUUCGUUGGCCAAGGUAGAAACAGUGUGCUUAAUGAAACACGAUUUAUGGGACAAUUUUAUAUUUGGUCAUGUUAAUUAUCAAAAAUUUGACGAUCAUGUCCAGGAUUUAGUGGACGAUAUCGUUCGGAAGAAUAACCUUAAACCUGUAACAUCAUUAUCUGGAUUGUACUGCGGAAACGACACACAAAUAACGAUAUCUGGUAGUUUGCGAUUAAUUAAAAAAGAAUUGUUUCUCGAUUCCCUGCAUGGUUUUAUAAAACUCGAUUUAUCUGAAGCUGAACARCCAUUAAAGUCAUUGUUUGUGAACCAGAUUAUUGUUAUUACCGGGACCAAUCCGGAUACUAAAGUUUUCAAAGUCAAACAAUUUUAUGCUGAUGCUUCACUGCCGUUGUCAAAUAAAUUACCGAGCUUUUCAAAAGGUAAUCUAAACUUAAUGGUUGCCGCCGGACCGUUUUUUAGCGAGUURUCUCCUCAUGGAAAGUUGUUGAAAUCUCUGGUACAAAAAACAAUUGAGUUUGAAGCACAGUUGCUGAUAUUGUUAGGCCCAAUAUUUGAUGCAGAUUUCGGGACGCAGCUGAACAAAACAACAUCGGAAGAUAUUCAAAAAUGCUAUGACGAAGUGUUAGAAGCUAUAUUGAAACCGUUAUUUAGCAAUCCAGCAACUCAAAACAUAAAAUUAUUAGUAUUUAGUUCGUGGAAAGAUUCUGAAAAUUAUGCUUUCUAUCCAACUCCUCCAAAUUUUGAUUCGAGCUUGCCAAAUUUAUAUCCCAACAACGUUUAUAUGGUGUCUGAUCCAAGUGUGUUUUCUGUCAAUGACAUAAUAAUUGCCGGUAACGCGAGUGAUUCUCUUAUGGGUCUACACGUUUCAGCAAUUAACCAAACUAAAGAAGAAAUGUUUACUAAACUAGUCAAACAAAUUAUAUGGCAACGAUGUUUGCAUCCUUCAUACAUUGCUAACCCUAAUGUUCCUGUGGACCACCUACUGUGGUUAGAACAUUGUACAUUGCAGCAAAACACUCCGCACAUUAUAUUGACAUCUUCUCAACUCCGAACAUUUAUACGAGUGGUUGAGGGUUGUWUGGUUAUCAACGUUGGACAGUUAGUCAAACAUAACUCCCAAAAACAAGUAGUAGCAGGAACGUAUGGUCAAAUUCAAAUUGCACCUCCGAAAAAUGAUAGUUGGUCAACUCAGACUAAUGUUUCAGCCGAAAUCGUUCAUAUUUAAUAAUAAGCAAUAUAUUAUUUWUUUUUUUUACUUUUAUUUCUUUGUAAAUAAAUUUUUAUUUUUAUAAACAAUCAUAAUAUAAAUGAAUAAAUCAUAUAUAAUAUGCUAAAAAUAGUUGAAGACAUUUGAAAACCGMAUAAUUGAUAAAUUUCUGCC